GCUCACGUGCUGAGAAAAAGUACAUUUUCACGACGCACAUCGAGGAACCGAUACCAAACCCAAUGAAACGGGGGUCUGCACUGCUUUUGUCCUUGAACGCAGCAUCAGUCGGGCGGAUGUUACAAUCACGCAGUAGAAGGAGCGCGCAGCUGUUGUCUUAUGAUGAACACACAGCGACAGCCCAUACUACCGCAGUUCGAAUCAGGGUGUUUUUUUACUGGUUGUUCUUCUAUUCAAACAAGUCAUCACUUACUUUCCUUCGCCUUUCGGGACGAGGAACAGAAACCAAAGAGGCGACACAAGUGUCACCGUCCAUGAUAAAGAGCCUUGCUUGCACCUGUGACUUGUGCUUGCAGUUUUUCUAUGGCAUGAUCGCCGGCUGCAUCCACGAUAGUGACAGAUGUUAGGUAGUAUCUAACAGAUGUUACUAAGUAGUACCUACUAGCUUUCCCUUCUGCCACUUGAACGGGAUGUUCUUGAACGCAUCAACAUACUAAGGAUGGCUUCGUCAUCGUCGUCAUCCACUGCUCCCCCGCCGGCUGCGCCGGUGGUUGCAGAUGCAAAGUCGAUUGCCGCCGCGAUGACCACCGGAGCCAAGGACUUUGACGAUGCGGGCAGCGUGCCGCUCGUGAAGGAUUUUCACCGGGAGCAAAUCUUGCUUGCCAUGUGCAAAGCCGAGAUCUUGCAGAUGAAAGAGCUGCUGAAAGACGAUGACGAAAAGGGGCUUUCAACAUCCUCUACUGCAGCGCUGGACAAACAUGUGAAGCAGCUGGCCUUAGCGUGUGUGCGCACCAGAAAGUACGACGACGCCCGCAUUCCGAAGUUGAUGCGCGAGUUCACAGACUUGUUGCAGGAAAUGAAACAGUGGAAAAAGGAGGACGUGAUUGCGAGCAUCAGCAAAAAUCGCGUCAAGGAGGGAUUUCGCUUGUUGCCCCGUCGCGACAAGCACGGGCGGGCGGUGAUGAACACGCGGCUACGGUACCACGAACCGCGAGAAGUAUCGACGCAGACCACAAUUCGAGCGCUAACGCUGAUGCUCUACAACGCAUUGCUGGGGGCGCCAUUUGACGAAGACAAGCGAGAAGCCGAGGCGGAGAAAACGCAGCUAAACGGAGUGUGUGUCUUCCACGACUUCCGAAAUUUGACUUUGAGCAACGUCGACCCGGGGGUAGGGAGGGGAUUGAUUAAGCUGUUUUCUGGUAUAGAACUUCUACGUUUGUGAAGAAAUAACUUUUGCCACCUCGAUCAGAGUCUGAUGUUGAAAGGAAGUCAUACAUGAAGGAGCGCAUAGAGUAGAGCUAGAGGGAGGGCUUUCCUGUAGUUGCAUUAAAUAUGAUUGAUGUCAUUUGGUCAAUUUAUCGUUUCCAGGCCGCUUUCCUCUCCGGCUCGGCGCAGUCUACAUGCUGGAGCCGCCUUUCUUCAUUCGUUACAUUGUACUUCCGAUGAUGCGGCUGCUUCUGCCUAAGAAGUUGUCCUCUCGAAUCACCACCGUGUCGAAGCUAGCUGACUUGAAGCAGUAUUUCGACGAGGCAGAACUUCCGACAGAGUAUGGCGGUGGCUGCGAAGAUAUGGAUGUCGACAAGAUGUGGAAAGGCUUCACGGAUGUUUACCACCCAGGCUACAUCUACACCCCCUCACCGAGAAACACGAAUGACGCAGUAGCUGGCGCCGGAAGCUUACCUGACUCGGCAGCUGCACCGGCAAAAGUGCAAAAAGGUGUGAGUGACUACUACAAGAAGGGAGUUGCUGUGGAUGGCACACGAGUCUAGCCGUGCCGUUGAAGCUGAUGAAGGAAACUUUGUUUGAACAACUGCACUGCGCGCCAGAGGUCGUCUCUUUGUUUGGUUGUUGCUUCGCAUGUGUUGCCUGCAACUGUGUUGCGACCAGGUAGAGCAGCAAGGCUGCUUUGAUUCUCGUCUUCGUGUUUUAUUUUUGCAUUUAUUCGUUGACCACGAGUUCUGGCGUUUCUUUACUGUCUACGUGUUU